UGUGCCAAAAGUGUCUUCAAAGGUUUUACUAGACUUUUUAAUUGUAUUUUAAAAGAAAGUCACAUCGAUAUCGAAGAAUCAGAUGGAUAACGAUUCUUCAGAUAGCGACUAUAAUGUCGAGGAAUUCAUCAAACCAAAACGCGUGCGCCAUACAGCGAAUGGCGACGAGGCGGAUUUGUUAGGCAACUUCGACGAUGUUAAGCGCCAACAGAUUAUGGAUGGCACAUAUGAAGAGAAAACGGCAGAACACAGUCCUAGCGACAGCGACGACGAAGAAGAUGAUACCACGGAAGAAAUAGCGGAAAAUGGUGAAGUAAAGCAUGUGAUGAACGGCGCAACAAAUGGCACUUCCAACGUAAACGCAGAUGAAAACGGUGCUGGUAGCAGUGAUGUUGAAGAGGAUACGGAUGAAGUGAAAACCAAUUUAACAAAAGAACAACUCGCAGCUUUAAUGCGCGGUGCAGCGAAAACCAAUCGUCAUGUGCUUUAUGUCACUAACUUAAAUUUCGAGACGACAAGAACGGACUUAGAGACGCAUUUCGCCAGCGCUGGUACCGUUAAAGGUGUACGCAUACCAAAGAAACGUCGCGGUGGUUUUGCAUUCGUAGAAAUGGCAGAUAUGGAGGGCUACCAACGUGGUUUCCAAUUACACAAUUCUAUGCUACAAGGGCGUACCAUUAAGGUUCAAUUUUCAGAGGCAGGCAAAAAGAAGUCUGCGAAUAAGAAAAAUAUAAUAAAGCAGAAAAAUAGAAAAUUAGCCGAAAUGCGUAAUGAACAGAAAACAUUUACGAAGAGUGGAAAAUUUUACGAUAAAAAUAUAAAAAAGGAGAAAGCAAAAGAUUUUCUGGCACGCAAGCGAUGGCGUAAACCAACGUCGGCGAGAGCAGCGAGAACCUAAUACCCUAUCCUGUAAUAUCCUAACUCUAUGUAGAUUUUUAAAUAAAAGUGUUCUUUGUUUUUUUAUGU